UCCAUUUUUUCCCACAAAGUACCAAACGCUCUCUCUCUCUCUCUCUUUUGUUUUCUUUCCAUCUUCUCUCUUUUUGUUUUGCUUUUGCAUGCACACGAUUUGUUUGCCGUUACUUCUUUUCAUCGCCGGUUUUCUUUUCCGUCGUCGGAGCUCCUCGUUUUCACGGUUCUCUCCGUAUAUAUAUAUUCAAGCACCGUUAGUGAACAUAUAUCUAACGCCGGCAAUAGUACAACGAAAAGGAAACUUAGUAUGUUUUCCUUUUGUAACGAUAUUUAACGCCGGUGAAGGUAGUAGCUGUUUCUAAUUAUCUUCUUCGAAAAGGAAUUAAGUUUGGAGUAUGGCUUUGAAGAGCUGCAUGAAUGUACUCUGCGGCGCGUCCACAUCGAUUGAGUGGAGAAACGGUUGGACUUUGCGAUCUGGAGAUUUUGCUAAUCUCUGUGAUAAGUGCGGGUCUGCAUAUGAACAAUCAAUAUUCUGUGACGUGUUCCACUCAAAGGAUUCUGGGUGGAGGGAUUGCAAUUCAUGUGGCAAGCCUCUCCAUUGUGGAUGCAUUGCUUCAAGGUUUUUGCUCGAGCUUCUUGAUGGUGGGGGUAUCAACUGUGUAAGCUGUGCUAAAAAGUCAGGAUUUAACCAUAUGAUUGAAGAUGAAAAGCCUAAUGGGUUUGGUAUGGUGAAGGCCGAUGCUGGUCAAUUGCACUCAACCUCUGCAGACAACCAAUUGAGUGGUGCAAGCAUUGAAAACCUACAGCUUAUGCAGUUGAGCAACAAUGCAGAAAGCAUUGGGUUGAGACAAUUGCUUCAGCUUCACAAUGAUGACUCAAGUGGGUCUCUCGGGCAAAUGAAACAGGAUGAAUUUUUGCCUCCUCCUAGGGAAAUUGGAAGCACAUGCUUGACAAGUAUUAAUCAAGCAUCUAAUGGAUCAGUUGAAGCUGUGAAACCUACCACUAGUAAAGUUAAUAUUUUUGAUUCAUUGCCACAAACCAACUUGAGUAUUUCUUUGGGUGGCUCGUUAGGGAACCAAAAUGGCUUUCCUAGUUCAGUUGUAGAUGAAAAGAGUAAGAUGUCUUCAGUCUUGCAACAGGCAUCCAAAUCUCGCCAUCUUCUGCCCAAGCCUCCAAGGUCGGUCCUUGCAACAGGUCUGGAGAUGAAUGCAGGAACGGUACCCCAGAUACGUGUUGCUAGGCCCCCAGCAGAGGGACGUGGGCGGAAUCAGUUGCUUCCUCGUUAUUGGCCCAGGAUUACGGACCAAGAAUUACAACAAAUUUCUGGAGAUUCAAAUUCCACCAUUGUUCCACUGUUUGAAAAGGUUUUGAGUGCAAGUGAUGCUGGACGGAUUGGUCGUUUGGUUCUGCCAAAAGCAUGUGCUGAAGCUUAUUUUCCCCCCAUAUCUCAACCAGAGGGUCUUCCCCUAAGAAUUCAAGAUGUGAAGGGAAAAGAAUGGGUGUUUCAGUUCAGAUUCUGGCCUAAUAACAACAGCAGGAUGUAUGUUUUGGAGGGUGUGACUCCUUGCAUACAGUCCAUGCAGUUGCGAGCUGGAGAUACUGUAACAUUUAGCCGUAAGGAUCCAGAAGGGAAGCUUGUUAUGGGGUUUCGUAAAGCAACAAACACUGCUGUGGUGCAGGAAACCUUACCACCUGCCAUUCCUAAUGGCACUCUUUCAAGUGAAAGUUACUUUUCGGGUGUUUUUGAGAACCUGCCUAUAAUUAGUGGUUACUCUGGCCUUCUUCAGUCAUUGAAGGGAAGCGCAGAUCCCCACCUAAAUGGACUGUCAAAACAUUCGAGUUUAGCUGGUGGUGAUAUUAGUGGGCAUAAAUCUGAUAUGCAUGAGGACAGGAUCAGGGAGGACUUAUUACUAACAUCUAUGUUAACCCCAGAGAGAAAAAGAACUCGGAAUAUUGGGUCCAAAAGCAAGAGGUUGCUGAUUGACAGUCAGGAUGCUUUGGAGCUGAAACUUACUUGGGAAGAGGCUCAGGAUUUGCUCCACCCACCCCCCAGUAUCAAGCCAAGCAUUGUUACAAUUGAGGAUCAUGAUUUUGAAGAAUAUGAUGAACCUCCAGUUUUUGGGAAGAGGAGUAUCUUUGCAGUUCGUUCAACGGGGGGACAAGAGCAAUGGGCUCAGUGUGAUAAUUGUUCUAAAUGGAGAAGGGUGCCUGUCGAUGCUCUUCUUCCACCUAAGUGGACAUGUGCAGACAACAACUGGGACCAAAGCAGGUCUUCAUGUUCCUUACCCGAUGAACUCACCCCAAGGGAGCUAGAGAUUCUUCUUAGAUUGAACACAGAUUUCACAAAAAGGAGAAUCAUAGCAUUUCAUAGGCAAACUCAGGAGUAUGAAUCAUCACCUGGUUUGAAUGCUUUAGCCAAUGCUGCAAUCCUUGGAGACAAUGUAGCUGAUUCCGGCACUACGUCGGUGGCAACAACAACUAAACACCCGAGGCAUCGUCCUGGUUGCUCCUGCAUUGUGUGCAUCCAGCCUCCGAGUGGGAAAGGAAAACACAAGCCAACAUGCACAUGUAAUGUGUGCUUGACGGUUAAACGUCGUUUUAAAACCCUCAUGAUGCGCAAGAAAAAGCGUCAGUCGGAGCGUGAAGCAGAGAUUGCUCUGAGGAAUCAGCAAGCAUGGGGUCCCAGAGAAGAAGCAGAAGUUGAAAGCAGCUCUAAACAUGUAUCACCGCACCACGAUCCUUCUGAGAACGAAGCAAGGUCAGUUAACAAGUUAGAAUCCAAGAACCAGAGCAACAACAACAAACUAGUGUCCAAAUUGGUUGAAGCCAACAAGGGACGGAUAGACUUGAACUGCGACCCAUGUCGUGACGAUGAUUCGCAAUUUGGUUCCUCUACCCGCAUGAGCAUGAUGAAUCUUCUUCAUGUUGCAAGCCUUCCAUUGGAGACUUACCUUAAGGAGAAUGGCCUUACAAGCUUGGUAUCCGAUCAACAAGCAAUCUCGACGUCACAUGCUCCACCACAGACUGGCAAUACAAGCGAGCCAUAUGACGAUCAAUGUUCCCAUUCUGCCACCGAAGAGCAUGAGACUAGGGAUGAAGUAAACACUUAAACCAAAACGGUUAGAAUCAAUAACGAGAUCGAUCCUUGAUGAAUUUCUGUUAUUUUAUUUAUAUUCUCUUUAACCCCUUUGGUGUUCAUUUUACUAGUAAUGUCUAUAGGCAUUUGGCAUUGUUUCCAUUAGAGGUUGCUUUUGCCUUUUCAAUCCCCAAAGUAUGUAUUAUAUACAAAACUUGACAGACCCACAAAACUAUAUGCAUAUAUACAACAAAUCUCAUCAAAAUGUAGUUUACAUUUCUGAAUUA